AUGGUGCUUCCGGGUCCGCGGGCCUCAGCCCUGACUCCACCCAGUUCCGCCUCCGAGCGGGAGGGGGCUUCGGGCCGGGAGUCCCGGUGGGCUUCGGAGGUCUCCGCGCGCGUUCCUCUGGAGCCUCGGGAGCGUACCCUCUUUCCUCUUUUCCCUCAACUCUGCCCUCUUAUCUUUUUCCUCCACAACGCCAUCCCAGUAAAGAUAAUGGUGUACUUGAAACUGCCUCCAUGUGCUGCAGUAGAACGAGGGGGAGAACAAACGGGAACUUCAAACCAAGAUAUAAAGCAACUACACAUAAAUCAGCUCCUCCUCUGUAAUGGAAUAGAUAGUGCAGCUCUCAACAAAGAUGAAACAAAUUGUAAUUUUCUGAUAUCUUUAGGGUUGAACCAGCUGCCCUUUGACCCUGCCAACAACAACGAGCCCCUGCACUUUGGUAGUGCCAGUGGCCCUCUGGUCACAGAAGGCCUCAUUGAGAAUGGAGGGGAUUCAAGCAAGAAAAGAAAGAGAACAAAUGCUCCUUCAGCUGAUAACAGUAGAACUCUGAAUGUGGAUUCAACUGCAAUGACUCUACCUAUGUCUGAUCCAACUGCAUGGGCCACAGCGAUGAAUAAUCUUGGAAUGGCACCACUGGGAAUUGCUGGACAACCAAUUUUACCUGAUUUUGAUCCUGCUCUUGGAAUGAUGACUGGAAUUCCACCAAUAACUCCAAUGAUGCCUGGCCUAGGAAUAGUACCUCCUCCAAUUCCACCAGAUAUGCCAGUAGUAAAAGAGAUCAUACACUGUAAAAGCUGCACACUCUUCCCUCCAAAUCCAAAUCUUCCACCUCCUGCAACCCGAGAACGACCACCAGGAUGCAAAACAGUAUUUGUGGGCGGCCUGCCUGAAAAUGGGACAGAGCAGAUCAUCGUGGAGGUAUUCGAGCAGUGUGGAGAGAUCAUUGCUAUUCGGAAGAGCAAAAAAAACUUCUGUCACAUUCGCUUUGCUGAGGAGUACAUGGUGGAUAAAGCCCUUUAUCUUUCUGGUUACCGCAUUCGCCUGGGCUCUAGCACUGACAAAAAAGACACAGGCCGGCUUCACGUUGAUUUUGCACAGGCUCGAGAUGAUCUGUAUGAGUGGGAAUGCAAACAACGGAUGCUAGCAAGAGAGGAACGCCACCGCAGAAGGAUGGAAGAAGAAAGGUUGCGUCCACCAUCCCCGCCUCCAGUGGUCCACUAUUCUGACCAUGAAUGCAGCAUUGUUGCUGAAAAACUAAAAGAUGAUUCCAAAUUCUCAGAAGCUGUGCAGACCUUGCUCACCUGGAUUGAGCGAGGAGAGGUGAACCGUCGCAGUGCCAACAACUUCUACUCCAUGAUUCAGUCGGCCAACAGCCACGUCCGUCGCCUGGUGAACGAGAAAGCUGCCCAUGAGAAAGACAUGGAGGAAGCAAAGGAGAAAUUCAAGCAGGCCCUUUCUGGAAUUCUCAUUCAAUUUGAGCAGAUAGUAGCCGUCUACCAUUCCGCCUCCAAACAAAAGGCUUGGGACCACUUCACAAAAGCCCAGCGUAAAAACAUCAGUGUUUGGUGCAAACAAGCUGAGGAAAUUCGCAACAUACAUAAUGAUGAAUUAAUGGGAAUCAGGCGAGAAGAAGAAAUGGAGAUGUCUGAUGAUGAAAUAGAAGAAACAACAGAAACAAAAGAAACUGAAGAAUCAGCUUUAGUAUCACAGGCAGAAGCUCUGAAAGAAGAAAAUGACAGCCUCCGUUGGCAGCUAGAUGCCUACCGGAAUGAGGUAGAACUGCUCAAGCAAGAACAAGGCAAAGCCCACAGAGAAGAUGACCCAAACAAGGAACAGCAGCUGAAGCUCCUGCAGCAAGCCCUGCAAGGAAUGCAACAGCAUCUACUGAAAGUCCAAGAGGAAUACAAAAGGAAAGAAGCUGAACUGGAAAAAAUCAAAGAUGACAAGUUACAGGUGGAAAAAAUGCUGGAAAAUCUCAAAGAAAAGGAAAGCUGUGCCUCUAGACUGUGUGCGUCGAGCCAGGAUAGCGAUUACCCUCUGGAGAAGACUCUGAACAGCUGUCCUGUCAAAUCUGAACGCGAAGCCCUGCUAGUGGGAAUUAUCUCCACAUUCCUUCAUGUCCACCCAUUUGGAGCAAGCAUUGAAUAUAUCUGCUCCUACUUGCACCGUCUUGAUAAUAAGAUCUGUACCAGUGAUGUGGAAUGUCUCAUGAGCCGACUCCAGCACACCUUCAAGCAGGAAAUGACUGGAGUGGGAGCCAGUCUGGAGAAGAGAUGGAAAUUCUGUGGCUUUGAGGGCUUGAAACUGACCUGA